UAAUGUAUUUUAUUUUGUUUGUCUAGAAAGGGAAAAUAAGAGAAUUUCAUCUUGGGGUAAUGUUAAGAGAAAGAUAUAGUACAUUCCUUGGUAGAAGUCAUACGUAUGGUAGCGUUUAUGCCUAUAGUACGGAUAUUGACCGCACAAAAAUGUCUCUGCAAUUGGUUUUAGCCGGUAUAUACCCUCCAACAUUGACUGACUCAGGUUAUUUAGAGUUAUCUCCAAUACCAGCUUAUUACGAACCACUAAUUGUAGAUAAUAUAUUGAACACUGAAAAUUGCCCGAGAUAUAAAAAAGAAUAUAAAAAGAUAAAAGCUACACCUGCAAUUGUUUCAAAAGUAUCGAAGAACAAAAAACUUUUCGAAUAUAUUGAAGAGAACACCGGUCUAAACAUGACAGUGGACCCAAUCCUAUCAACUUAUGGACUGUACAUUUUCUUGACGACACAGGAAAGUUUGAACAUCACACUCCCAGAAUGGGCAACUGAAGAAGUGCUAACCAAAAUGAAACCAAUCGUAGAAUUAGAAUAUCAAAUUCGAUCUUAUAACACAUUAAUGAAACGACUAAAUGGAGGUCAUCUUGUACAGGAAUUUAUCAAAAAUAUGAAUGCAACAAGAAAUCAAACUUCUCCAAAGAUCUAUGUAUACAGUGGGCACGAAAUAAACGUUGCAGCUUUUGCCAAAGCACACAAUUUUGUUGAACCUAAAAUACCCAGCUUUGGAUCUGCAAUUAUAGUCGAAAAAUUGCGAGAUAGUAAAGGAAAAUAUUUUGUUCAAGUACGUUUUAUUAUAAUG